AUGCGAGGAUGUCUGCAGGUAGCCCGAUGGCUGAGCGCAGCACCGAAAGGUCGGAUCGCGAGCCUCGCCUCGGCUGGCUUCUCGUCCCGAUAUAAUUCCCUUCGACCCUUUACGAAUUCAGCCGUUUGGAGUGCUAGAGCGAAGGCGUCUCCAAGCUCCCCGGACACGGAUCUCGAGAAGCGGAUUGCGGCCAUUCCUAUCGACCGGUAUCGCAACUUUUGUAUUGUCGCCCACGUCGAUCAUGGCAAGAGCACCCUUUCCGACCGGUUGCUGGAGCUCACCGGUACGAUUCAGCCCGGUAUGAACAAACAGGUACUCGACAAAUUGGAUGUCGAGCGAGAACGAGGAAUUACAGUCAAGGCACAGACGUGUACAAUGAUCUACAAUCACAAAGGCGAGGAUUAUCUGCUCCAUUUGGUGGAUACCCCGGGCCAUGUGGAUUUCCGUGCGGAGGUAUCGCGCAGUUAUGCUAGCUGCGGAGGAGCUCUGCUUCUGGUCGAUGCCAGUCAGGGUGUGCAGGCACAGACUGUCGCGAACUUCUACCUGGCCUUUGCGCAAGGCCUUGAGUUGAUUCCCGUCAUCAACAAGGUGGACCUGCCUUCGGCCGAUCCGGAGCGGGCUCUGGAGCAGAUGAAGAGCUCGUUUGAGUUGGAUACCGAGAACGCAGUCAAGGUUUCAGCAAAGACCGGAUUGAAUGUUGCCGAAGUCCUACCAAGAGUUGUUGAGAAGAUCCCAGCGCCCGUUGGAGAUCCCUCCAAGCCUCUCCGCAUGCUUCUCGUAGACUCAUGGUACGACUCAUACAAGGGCGUCAUUCUCCUAGUGCGCGUAUUUGACGGCGAGGUCCGACCAGGCCAGCAAUUGGUCUCGUUCGUCACCGGUCUCAAGUACUACGUGGGCGAGGUUGGCAUCAUGUACCCCACCGAGACCCCUCAGACCGUUCUCCGAGCGGGCCAGGUCGGGUACAUCUACUUCAACCCCGGCAUGAAGCGCAGUCAAGAGGCCAAAAUUGGCGACACUUUCACCAGAGUCGGGUCUGAGAAGCUUGUGGAGCCACUCCCUGGAUUCGAAGAGCCCAAGUCUAUGGUCUUCGUCGCCGUGUAUCCCAUGAACGCGGAUCACUUUGAGCACUUGGAAGACAGCAUCAACCAGCUCAUUCUGAAUGACCGAAGUAUCACGGUUCAAAAAGAGUCCUCCGAGGCGCUAGGAGCUGGCUUCCGAAUGGGCUUUUUGGGUACUCUGCACUGCUCUGUAUUUGAGGACCGGCUGCGGCAGGAACACGGUGCCAGUAUCAUCAUUACUCCUCCCUCGGUCCCUGUCAAAGUUGUGUGGAAAGACGGCACCGAAGAAAUCAUCACCAACCCCGCAAAGUUCCCCGAUGAUGACAGCGUUCGUCUGAAGGUUGCUGAGGUGCAGGAACCGUACGUGUUAGCGACCAUCACAUUCCCAGAUGAGUACCUCGGCAAGGUUAUCGAGCUUUGCGAGGCCAACCGAGGUGAACAGCAGAGUAUCGAAUACUUCACCUCCAGCCAGGUCAUUCUCAAGUAUCAACUGCCACUGGCUCACUUGGUCGAUGAUUUCUUUGGCAAAUUGAAAGGCAACACCAAAGGCUACGCCAGUCUAGACUACGAAGAGUCUGCCUGGCGAGCCGGUAACAUCGUCAAGCUCCAGCUUCUCGUGAACAAGGUCCCAGUCGACGCCGUUUCACGCAUCAUGCACAUGAGUCAGGUAAACUGGCAAGGAAGACAGUGGGUCACCAAGUUCAAGGAGCAUGUCGACAGACAGCUUUUCGAGAUUAUCAUCCAGGCGGCCGUUGGCAAGAAGAUUGUGGCUCGUGAGACUAUUAAGCCGUACCGCAAGGAUGUGCUGGCAAAGCUUCAUGCUAGUGAUGUCAGUCGUCGGCGCAAGUUGUUGGAGAAGCAGAAGGAAGGCCGGAAGAGGCUUCGCGCUGUUGGAAAUGUUGUGAUUGAGCAUAAGGCGUUCCAGGCCUUCUUGGCGAAAUGA